UUUUGCGAAGAUAAUUGGCCACUGCACCUGAGCAGAUUUGCCUGUGGACGUGAAAGAUUCACUGGUUCCCAUCCCGUAUCUAGGGUUUACCUCUUCCGGCUGUUGGCUGAUCGUUUGGUUCGCUUCACGGGGAAGCUUCAGUGGUUUCAGCUUCAAUCGAUUCAUUUUUCGCACUAUUUCACGCUCACUGCACACGGUGCACCGCCAAACGCAUGGUUUUUACACGCACAACACACACGGUCAACACAAAACACCAAACGGGCAACGGGAAGCGGAACUUUUGCUAAAAUUUGGUCCGCAAUUUUAAAAAGAAGCCGUGCGACCUAGCCGAAUUGGCAUCAUUCUGGAUUUGCUUUGGUGUUUAUGUUGUGCGCUGCCUGUCAAACGCUCAACGAACAUUUGAACGAAACAUUUAACGAAAGCGUCAGAUUUGACGUUUGACGCCGUCUUUUCGCAGCGCCCAAACAAAACAACAUCUGCAAAACUAGGCGGAAUCACACUUUAUCAGGUGAAAAACACUAUUUUCUAUUGUUUGUUUAGAUCCUCCACUUAUCGACUACUACUACUACUACCACUACGUCGGCGGUCGUGCAUUGGUAACCUUCUCCCGAUGACUCGUACAGGGGAAAAUGGGAAGGAUCGGCGCCGUUCGAGAAGCAAGUCGACUUCUCCGGACCGCAAGAAGAAACGGUCACGCAGUCACGAUCGCAGCAAGGGCAGUAGCUCCCGUUCGUCCGUCAGCAAUGGCAGUACGAAUGCGGCCGGCUUUUCGGCAGCUGCCUUCGGUGGCAGUAGUAGCAGCAGCAGCAGCGGCAGUAGCAAUGCCGCUCGCCGAGAACGCCACCGCGAGGAGCAUCGGGAACGUGAGCGAGAACUGUGGGAGCGGGAAAAGGAGCGUGACCGGGAGCUGGAAAAGGAACGGGAAAAGGAAGCAGCCCGCAAACGGGAACGUGAGAAGGAGCGGGAAAAGUUGAGGGAACAGGCAACCAAGUAUGCUCAAAGCGUCAGCAGCAGUGGCAAACAGUCCAAGUUCGAUCAGAUGCCUCCGGGCAUGAUGGCACCCCCGCCGCUUCUGCCGCCAACGGUGGUCGUUGUGGAAAAGUUGGCCGAGGAAAAGAAAUCCAUCUUCAGAGAGCGGCCCAAAGAGGAGGUGUACGAGGUGCCGGUAGCUCCGAUCGACAAGGAGGAAGAACAACGUCGCCUAGAACAGGAAAUGACGAAACGUCGGGAGCGUAUCGAACGAUGGCGCGCGGAGCGUAAUAAGAAGGAACAGGAGAUCAAAAAGCCGCUCCCAACGAUCAUUCCUAUCUCAUCGGCUGGUGCGAAAAAGUGGAGCCUGGAGGAUGAUGAGGAAGACGACGAAACGGAGGACGCGAAGGAUAAGGCGGAGGAGGCGGUCGAGGAGGAGGAAGAAAUCGACCCGCUGGAUGCGUUUAUGAAGGAAGUAAACGAAGAGGUACGCAAAGUUAACAAGCUGGCCAAUCCAAUGCCAAAAACGGAUGGCAAAGCGUCCAACAGUGGCGUCACGAUCAUUACCGGUGUGGCAAAGCAAAAGUCGGAAACGAAGAAGGGCGAACUGAUCGAACAGAACCAGGACGGGCUGGAGUACUCGUCGGAGGAAGAGCAGGAAGAUAUUAAGGAUACGGCGGCGAAUCUUGCGAACAAGCAGAAGAAGGAGCUGGCCAAGAUUGAUCAUUCCGGCAUCAACUAUAUGCCUUUCAGGAAGUCCUUCUACGUGGAGGUGCCGGAAAUAGCUCGCAUGACCCAGACGGAGAUUGACGCGUACAAGAAGGAGCUGGAAGGUAUCGCCGUCAAGGGCAAGGGGUGCCCUAAACCGAUCAAAACCUGGGCCCACUGCGGUGUGUCCAAGAAGGAGUUUGAGGUGUUGCGUAAGCUUGGCUUCGAGAAGCCGACACCCAUUCAAUGUCAGGCCAUACCGGCCAUCAUGUCGGGAAGAGAUCUGAUAGGUAUCGCUAAAACUGGCAGCGGAAAAACGCUCGCCUUUAUUUUGCCCAUGUUCCGGCACAUCCUCGAUCAGCCCCCGCUGGACGACGGUGAUGGGCCGAUCGCCAUCAUCAUGACACCAACGCGAGAGCUUUGCAUGCAGAUCGGGAAGGAUAUAAAGAAAUUUUCAAAAUCGCUAAACCUUCGGACGGCUUGCGUUUACGGCGGGACGGGCAUAUCGGAGCAGAUAGCGGAGCUGAAGCGGGGUGCAGAAAUUAUUGUCUGUACGCCCGGGCGUAUGAUCGACAUGCUGGCGGCGAAUUCGGGCCGUGUGACGAACCUUCGGCGCGUGACGUACGUCGUGCUGGAUGAAGCGGAUCGUAUGUUCGAUAUGGGCUUUGAACCGCAGGUAAUGCGCAUCAUCGACAACGUGCGUCCCGAUCGGCAAACGGUUAUGUUUAGUGCAACAUUCCCGCGCCAGAUGGAAGCACUGGCACGCAGGAUCCUGAAGAAACCGAUCGAGGUGCAGGUGGGCGGACGUUCGGUCGUGUGUAAGGACGUCGAGCAGCAUGUGGUCGUGCUGGAUGAUGAGGCGAAGUUCUUCAAACUGCUCGAACUGCUCGGUCUGUACCAGGAGCAGGGCAGCAUUAUCGUGUUCGUCGAUAAGCAGGAAAAUGCGGACAGUCUGCUGAAGGAUCUGAUGAAAGCGUCCUAUCCGUGCAUGAGCCUGCACGGUGGUAUCGAUCAGUUCGAUCGUGACUCAACCAUGGUGGACUUUAAGCAGGGGCGGGUAAAGCUGCUGAUCGCUACCUCCGUCGCCGCACGCGGUUUGGACGUGAAGCAACUGAUCCUGGUCGUGAACUACGACUGCCCGAACCACUAUGAAGAUUACGUGCAUCGCUGUGGGCGAACGGGGCGUGCAGGAGCUAAAGGAUUCGCCUGGACGUUCCUCACGCCGGAACAGGGACGCUAUGCAGGCGACAUCAUUCGUGCGCUCGAACUGUCCGGCGGCACCGUGCCGGACGAUUUGAGAAACCUGUGGGACACGUACAAAGCAGCACAGGAGGCGGAAGGCAAGAAGGUACACACCGGGGGUGGAUUCAGUGGCAAAGGGUUCAAGUUCGAUGCUCAGGAAGCGGCCGCCGUAAACGAGCGAAAGAAAAUGCAAAAGGCCGCACUCGGACUGCAAGAUUCGGACGACGAGGAAGACCUCGAGCAGGACAUUGAUCAGCAGAUCGAAAACAUGUUCGCUACCAAGCGCAUUGUGAAGGAGGUGGAAGCACCGGCGACGAACCAGCGGGAGCAGCAGCAGCAGAAUAAUCCACCACCGGCACCAGCUCCCCCGGUGCCGAGCGUUACGCACUCGGACAAGCUCGAACUGGCCAAGCGGUUGGCGUCGAAGAUAAACCUGCAGAAAACGCUCGGCACAGACUCGAAGGGUGCGACACAGCAGGCAGCGGAAGCAAUACUGAAGGGUGCCAAUACGCAACAGUUGAUCGCGGCCAAAACGGUCGCGGAACAGUUGGCGGCUAAGUUGAACAACAAGCUCAACUAUCAACCGAAAGACGAGGAGGAACCGGUGGUCGAGACGAACGAGCAGGUGUUCCGGAAGUACGAGGAAGAGCUGGAGAUUAACGAUUUUCCGCAGCAGGCUCGCUGGAAGGUUACAUCGAAGGAAGCAUUGGCGCAAAUAUCCGAAUACUCCGAGGCAGGUCUUACUGUGCGCGGUACGUACGUACCGCCUGGCAAAAAUCCGCCCGACGGUGAGCGUAAGCUGUAUCUGGCUAUCGAAAGCUGCAACGAGCUAGCGGUGACGAAGGCAAAGCGAGAAAUUACACGCCUCAUCAAGGAAGAGUUGCUAAAGCUGCAAGCGUCGUCGCAUCAUGUUAUUAACAAGGCCCGCUACAAGGUGGUGUAAGGGGAUUCUUAACAACUGAGACACGCCAACCCGACCGGCUGCAUGAUCCGUGAAAGCAAACUAUUGCUUAUUGCAUAAUAAAAUUAAUUAUACUUAAUGCGUAAUAGCAGAGCGGUAAUACGCACAGGAUUAAAGAACGAAGGUGAUUUAUCACAAAUGAUUUCGAGCGAAGCAGCGAACACUGCCUUCCCCAAGGAGCACUGGCUACCCACAGAUGAGCAUGGCAGGCCAAGACCAGCGACGGAGGUAGAGUGAUCAAAGUAAAAGAUAACCCCCGAAUAGGGAUGGGAUCGAAUCUGAAUUGGACCUCGCCUUCGGCAGCGAUACGGUUGAGAAGUGCGAUUAGCUAAAACUUAGCAACCUAUGAACCAUUCCACACGAGAAAAACGAACGAUAAACGAACAGUUAAAUUAAGAAGUUUUGAAAAUAGCCUUUCAAUCACCAAGAACUAUGAAUAAUCUAGCUGGAAGCUGCUGAAGAAUUGGCUGAUGAAAGGACAACAACGACCACUAAAAAGAACACACCUUGCAGGUAUGAUCUAAGUUUGAUAAUUAUUAUAUUAACUAGCCUUCAUUAGUAUGUUUCGAAAGUUAACACAAAAGAAUAAUGUAAUAAAAUCAACUUUAAAGAA